UGCUGUGACUCGGCUGUUUCUCCUCCUCAGGGCUCCGGAGACGUCAAGUACCAUCUGGGGAUGUACCAUCGCCGCAUCAACCGCGUGACGGACAGGAACAUCACGCUGUCCCUGAUGGCGAACCCGUCUCACCUGGAGGCCGUGGACCCUGUGGUGCAGGGGAAGACCAAAGCCGAGCAGUUUUACUGCGGCGACAACGACGGCAAACGGGUGAUGUCCAUCUUGCUGCACGGAGACGCAGCGUUCGCAGGUCAAGGUAUCGUUUAUGAAACCUUCCAUCUGUCUGACCUGCCAUCCUACACCACGCACGGCACCGUGCACGUCGUCGUCAACAACCAGAUCGGCUUCACCACAGAUCCUCGUAUGGCUCGCUCGUCUCCGUAUCCGACCGACGUGGCUCGAGUCGUCAACGCUCCCAUCUUCCACGUCAACGCCGACGACCCUGAGGCCGUCAUCUACGUCUGCAAGGUCGCCGCUGAGUGGAGGGCCACGUUCCACAAAGACGUGGUGGUCGACCUGGUGUGUUACCGCCGAAUGGGUCAUAACGAGAUGGAUGAGCCGAUGUUCACUCAGCCGCUGAUGUACAAACAGAUCAAGAAGCAGAAGCCGGUUCUGCAGAAAUACGCAGAGAAACUGAUCGCCGAGGGCGCCGUCAGCCGCCAGGAGUACGAGGAGGAGAUCGCCAAAUAUGAUAAGAUCUGUGAGGAGGCGUACGCUCGCUCCAAAGACGAGAAGAUCCUCCACAUCAAGCACUGGCUGGAUUCCCCCUGGCCUGGUUUUUUCACUCUGGACGGACAGCCAAAGUCGAUGAGCUGCCCCUCCACCGGUCUGACCGAAGAGACCUUGAACUACAUCGGGGAAGUGGCCUCGUCCGUCCCCGUGGAGGACUUCACCAUCCACGGAGGUACCGCUCACCAAAUGCUCUUUACUCG